AUGCAUGAUCUAGUGCACGACCUCGCAGAGUCAAUGUCAAAGUCUACUAAAGUUAUUAACAAUAUUCGUUACCUUGCGGUAGAUUUAUCUGGUGGCAGAGAAGAAAAAGAAAAACUUUUGGAAAGUCUAUCAACUUCGCUUCGUACAUUGUUUGUAAAGGGUGACCUAUCUGGUGAUAUGUUAAUGAAGUUGAAGAACUUGUAUGUUUUGAAUUUGUCUCAUGCAACAACUCAAGAGCUACCGAUCACUAUUGGCAAAUUGACACAUUUGCGAUAUGUUAACCUUUCGAGUUCUAGAAUCCGUAUUUUGCCAGACUCCCUUUGCAAGCUUUAUAAUUUGCAGACAUUGGCACUAGAUAGCAUGUAUGUCAAAGAUCUUCUGAAGGGGAUGUGCAAUUUGAUUAGCUUGAGACAUCUCUACUUUUACACCUUUGAUGAAAAAUUUCAAAUGCCGCUAGAGAUGAGACGACUAUCUUGCCUUCAGACACUAGAGUUCUUUAAUGUGGGUCGAGAAAAGGGUCGGCAAAUUGAAGAGCUUGGAUGCUUGAAAAACCUCAAAGGCAGUUUAAGUAUACGCAAUCUUCAACUAGUAAAGGAUAGGAAAGCGGCUGAGGAAGCAAAUCUAUUUGGAAAGGCAAAUAUAUUUAGGCUGAUACUUGUGUGGGCCUUGGCUUGGGAUCGAGAAGGUGACAACUACAACUACGACAAAGAUGUGUUAGAUGGCCUUAAGCCUCAUCCAAAUUUGGAGGAGUUGGUAAUUCAGCGUUUUAUGGGUGAUCAAUUUCCUCGAUGGUCAAUGGAUUUGCCAAUAACACUUCCCAAGUUAGCACGUUUGGAGUUUUAUUAUUGCCACAGAUGCAGAGAACUCCUUCCCUUGCAAAACUUUACGUUUCUUAAAGAGCUGGUGAUUUGGUUUUGCCGUGGGUUAACGAGUCUACCCAGUGACAUGCUACAGUCUUGUAUCUCUCUCCAAAAGCUUCAGGUGGCUUAUUGCGACAAGCUUAUCUCCUUUCCGCUUGAUUUGCAACAAACGCCUUCUCUUUUGGAGUUGGAAUUAUACGCGUGUCCCAAACUGAAAACAAGUAUGACGCCCAAAGGAUUUGGUUUCCUACCCAGCUUAAAUCGCCUUGAAAUUGGUCCCUUCUCAGAUGAUGAUGACCAUGAAAAUUCUUCAAUUUACAAUGAAUUUGAUUGGUCUGGAUUGAUAUCCUUCUCCUCUUUGUCAUCCAUACUAUGUGACCUAGAAUUAUUUGGGUUGCCACACAUGGAGUUCCUACCACAUCAGAUCCAAUACUUGACCACUCUCACGUCACUUCGGCUACAUGACUUUGGAGGUAUAAAAGCUCUGCCAGAUUGGUUCGGAAACUUUGCUGCUCUUGAAUACCUAUGUUUAUUUGGUUUCAAAGAGCUUCGACAUUUACCCUCUGAGGAUGCCAUGAGAAGUCUCACCAAACUAAAAGUUCUACUGGUUUAUGGUUCUCCUCUGUUAAAAGAAAGGUGCACUCCUGAGAGCAGCGGCCUCGACUCCCAGUGGUCCAAAAUUUCUCAUAUUCAACUCCUAUUAAUACUCGAUUAACAGUUCAUCUUCAGAUCAAAUUCAAUCAUUUUUCAUAGAUGGUUGUAGAUUUGUCGAUGGCUCGUGAUUCAAGAUUGAGCUGGAUCUCAGCCAUUGAAUUGGGGAGUAACUUGUUUUUACUUUUUCUUCUUCGCUUUCCCUACACAUUGAGGAAAAUGUGUAUGUUAAGUGUGGGGGAGGAAAUGCUGUUAAGUAGGAGUCACUUUGGUGCUUAUAUGGUAAAUGCUUGGAUAUGAUAUUAGAAAUUUGUCCUGUGCUUAAAAUUGUUGGCUUUUGGGUUUGCCGGCAGGAAGUUUCAUCCAAUUUUAAAGAGAAACUCUGUCAAAUUUUUUUCAAAAUCUUGUCCAAAUUUCAAAAUUUGCCCCAAGUCUUUCACAAAUUGUUCAUUUAAAUCCACAAGUGCAUGAAGUUCAUGUCCCUUUUGUUUUAAAAUUCUCCUAUACAAG